UUUACAGAAACUAAAAGUGAAAAGUGUAAUAUAAUUAGUCAGUUAUGAUGUCCCUAAAUUACCAUUUUUCCAUUUACAAUUAGAUGAAGCUGUCAUUCUUUAUAUACAUAGAGCUUCCAGGCUUUUAUUGGGUUAAUGAUGCACGUUGGCUAUUAGGCUUUAAUUGUAUCAUUAAUUUUUGUGCAUCAGUGUAUUGGUCCUGUGGUGCUAUAAAAGAGAUGCAACGUACUUCGGUGGAGUAGAUUGACUGAGGGAGUGCAGAACACAUUUAGCAUUUCGGUGGAGUGAGUUUCAGGCAUGAGGGGGCUAAUGACGAUCAGCGUGAUGUCCCUGCUACUGCUGCUGCUUGUGGAGGUAGAUGGUGCUGACCUCAUGGAAGAAAGAACGACACUUCAGGAGUUGACCAAAAACAGGAAGUCUCUGAUACUGAAGCUGCUGGCUGGUUUGUUGGAUGUCGAUGAUCACCUCGGUGAGAGUGGCUACACGUAUUCAAACACAGAAGAGGCAGGAGAGCGGUCACUCGAGGAGAGAGCGGUGGUUGCGGGGAUUCCUCGGAGAGAACAGAAAGCUCCCUGUAAACUGUUCUUCUGGAAAACGUUCUCGCACUGUUAAAUGUUGGCUCUUUCUAAGCUGAUGUAACAAAAUAAAUAUUAGCUAGUUUCUUCUUGUUAUGUCAAACAUGUACAUUAAAACUGUCAUCGUUUGUGUAUAUUCCAACCAUUUACAAUGAAGUGUUUGUGAUGCAUUAAACUUGAUCCUCUGCAUUUUGCCAGCCUUUUAAAGUAUAUACAUUUAUUACAUCAGGACGUGUUGAAAUCCUGAUUGAAUAAUCUGUCUUUUAAAGGGUAUUUUUUUUUUAAUGUUGAUUUUGGUUACUUUCCUGAUUAUUUAUAGUGUAAUAUCUUGUAGAGAAAUAGGGAACUGUAGAUGUCGGUUUACAAUGAAUGACCCAAAAUGCUGGAGUAACUCAGAGGGUCGGGCAGCAUCUCGGGAGAAUGUGGAUUAGGUGAUGUUUUGGGU